CCACACCAAACUUCUAACCAUUCUAUCACAACUCCAUCUCCAAAUAAUGGAUCUUUUCAAGCUCUCCCUCUCCCUCUUCUAUGUCGUCUUGAGCUUUGCCAUGUUUCAUUCCUCUCUCGCUCAAGACUCGCCUCAAGACUUUGUCAAUGCCCACAAUGCAGCUCGUGCCCAAGUUGGUGUCGGGCCAAUUCGGUGGGACGAAAGGGUAGCUAGUUUUGCUCGACAAUAUGCCAACCAACGCAUCAAUGAUUGUCGAUUGGUGCACUCAGGUGGACCAUAUGGGGAGAAUAUUGCAUGGGGUAGCCCUGACUUGUCAGGGACUAAUGCUGUUCGGAUGUGGGUUGAUGAGAAACAAUUCUACAAUCCUAGCACUAAUACUUGUGCAGCUGGCAAGGUGUGUGGCCAUUACACUCAAGUGGUGUGGAGAAACUCGGUGAGAAUUGGAUGUGCUAAAGUGAGAUGCACAAACAAUCGUGGUACAUUCAUCACUUGCAACUAUGAUCCACCAGGCAAUGUCGUAGGUCAAAGGCCAUUUUGAGAAUGAUUAUAACUAAAAUAAAAAUAUUGGUCGUGAAUGAAAUUUACUAAAUAAAAACAACUUUAGUUGUAUUCUGUCUAGUAAUCCACGCCCUUAUGAAUGUUCUAUGUAUGGUACAUCUUCUUAUUAUUAAUGAAAUAAUGAAUAUGUGAACGUUUGUAUCA